AUGCGAAAGUUGCAAAUCGAUCGAGUCAAGUGCUUCUCACCGUCUACAGUGAAUGAUAUGAAGGGUGAUACAGAGUCCAACGACAAGGAAGUGAUCAGCUCCAUUGACUCUACUUCCUAUGACAACGCGUUGGGCUUUCUCAAAGAACACAAUGAAGUGGGAGAUAUCAAUCAUGCUAAGCUUGUUCGAAAGCUCGACUGGAUAAUCCUACCAAUACUAUGCGGGGUAUACCUCUUGCAAUACUUGGACAAGUUGUUGUUGAACUAUGCGGCUGCUAUGGGUAUCAAGGAGAAUCUCCGGGGUAACCAGUUUGCCAACUUGUCCACAAUAUUCUACGCUGCUUACAUCUUUGGUGAGCCACUUGUUACUUAUUGUUUGCAGAAGUUCCCCUUGGGUAAAACCAUGGGGGUUUUCAUUGUCUUAUGGGGCGUUGUAGUGGCAUGCCAUGCAGCUACAUCUACGUAUGCUGCGUUGAUGGUGGUGAGAACUAUAUUGGGGAUAUUUGAAUCUUCGAGUGCCGUGGGGUUGAUCAUUAUCAGUGGAUUGUACUACACCAAACGGCAACAGGUGGCGCGCAUGGGUAUUUGGUCAGUUAUGGCUGGUGUUGGUACAAUUAUUGGUGGAUUGCUUUCUUUUGGGUUCCAGCAUAUCAACAGCACCAAGUUUAAGUCGUGGCAAAUUUUAUUCUUGGUCAUGGGGUUGAUAACUGUCGCAUUUGGAAUCUUUGUGUUUUUCUUUCUACCUGACAAUGUCCACACUUGUUGGUUCUUGAAUGAAAGUGAAAGAGUUUACAUUUUGGAAAACGUGGUGAGGGUGAAUCAAACUGGGACAAAGAGUUCUAAGUUCAAAAGAGGGCAAAUUUUAGAACUUCUCUUGGACAAGUUCACCUGGUUUUAUGUGCUUUUGACCCUCUGUUCGCAAAUAGUCACGGGUGCCAUUGGAACGUUUAGUGUCACCAUUACGUUGUCGUUUGGUUUCAACAAUUACGAGUCUGCUUUGCUUCAGUUGCCCGUUGGUGCAUUAAUUGUGAUUAUAAUUAUAACAACCACCCAGCUUGUUGCUAAAUUUGGCCACCACACCUUGUUUUUGACAUCAAUGUUCUUUCCUACAAUCAUCGGCGCUAUCGUAUUGCUCAUUUCACCAAACAAAAUUGGCAACUUGUUGGCACUCUACUUGUUAUACAGUGGGUCGUCGUGUAUCACGUUGAUCUACGCGUGGAUUGGUGCAAAUACUGCUGGCUCGAGUAAGAAAUUCAUGCGGACUGCUUUGAUCAUGAUUGCGUUCUCUGUUGCAAAUAUCAUUGGGCCACAAUUGUUUCAGGCAUACAGUGCUCCAAAGUAUCACCCAGCGAAAAUUGUCAUUUUGGUUACGCAAUGUUUGUGUGUGCCAUUGACUUUGUAUAUUGGCUGGAUGCUCAAACGCGAAAAUAGGAAAAGAGAUAGAGGUCAAGCGCAAGAGAAUGUUCCCGAUGAUGUUGAAUUUCUAGAUAAAACCGAUAUUGAAAAUAGGCUGUUUAGAUAUGUAUACUAA